UACGAUCAAUUCUCCGCGUUCCCAUACCUCUUUCUCUCUGCGAAUUCUGCGCUAUCAGCAGAAAUGGAUACGCCAGAUCUAAAUCGGAAUUGGACCGACGACGAGGAAAAUCAACCAAUCGGCCGGAGAAUCCAACGCCUGUCCUUGCACCUCACCCCGGUGCCGCGGCAGCUUGGCGACCUGCAGCUCCGGACGUUCACUUGCGCUGCCAGGACGAAGCUCAACGUGGACGCCAAAAGCUUGUCCGUUUUCAUGAGAGGGAAGCACAGGGACAUCCAGGAGAAGGUUUUCGACUUCUUCAACGCUCGACCGGAGCUUCAGACCCCCGUGGAGAUCUCCAAGGACGACCACCGCGAACUCUGCAUGAGGCAGCUUCUCGCGUUGGUCAGAGAGGCCGGGGUGAGGCCCUUCAAGUACGUGGCAGACGAACCGUCUAAGUACUUUGCUAUCUUGGAGGCUGUGGGGAGCGUGGACAUGUCUCUUGGGAUCAAGAUGGGUGUGCAAUACAGUCUCUGGGGAGGUUCUGUGCUCAAUUUAGGAACUAAGAAACAUAAGGUUAAGUACUAUGAUGGUAUUGACAAUAUGGAAUAUCCGGGUUGUUUUGCCAUGACAGAACUACAUCAUGGCUCAAACGUUCAAGGCCUCCAAACGGUUGCUACAUUUGAUCCAAUCACAGAUGAAUUUGUAAUUGACACUCCCAAUGAUGGGGCCAUAAAAUGGUGGAUUGGUAAUGCUGCAGUUCAUGGCAAGUUUGCCAGUGUCUUUGCUAAGCUGAUGUUGCCAACUCACGGCACGAAAGGAGUUACUGAUAUGGGAGUGCAUGCCUUCAUCGUUCCAAUAAGAGAUUUGAAGACCCACCAAACACUUCCAGGGAUUGAAAUUCAUGAUUGUGGCCACAAAGUGGGCUUGAAUGGUGUGGAUAAUGGAGCGUUGAGAUUCCGUUCAGUCAGAAUUCCUCGAGAUAAUCUCCUUAAUCGAUUUGGAGAUGUCUCCCGUGAUGGAAAAUAUACAAGUAGCCUCCCAACGAUAAAUAAAAGAUUUGCUGCCACAUUAGGGGAACUUGUAGGUGGGAGGGUAGGUCUUGCAUAUUCUUCAGUUAGUGUCCUUAAGAUAGCUGCUACAAUUGCAAUCCGAUAUUCUUUAUUGCGCCAGCAGUUUGGCCCUCCCAAGCAACCAGAAGUCAGUAUUCUUGAUUACCAGUCUCAACAGCACAAGCUCAUGCCAAUGCUGGCUUCAACUUAUGCAUUCCACUUUGCCACUCUGCAUUUGGUGGAAAUAUAUUCAGAGAUGAAGAAGUCUCAUGAUGAACAAUUGGUUGGCGAUGUCCAUGCACUUUCGGCAGGCCUCAAGGCAUACGUGACAUCUUACACUGCAAAGUCACUGAGCAUCUGCAGGGAAGCUUGUGGAGGUCAUGGGUAUGCUGCUGUGAACCGGUUUGGUAGUUUGAGGAAUGAUCAUGACAUUUUUCAGACGUUUGAAGGGGACAAUACAGUGCUGCUACAACAGGUGGCCGCUGAUCUCUUGAAGCAAUACAAGGAGAAAUUCCAAGGUGGGACACUUGCAGUUACAUGGAACUACUUGAGAGAAUCCAUGAACACUUAUCUGUCUCAGCCAAAUCCAGUAACUGCUAGGUGGGAAAGUGAGGACCAUUUGCGGGAUCCUAAGUUCCAGUUGGACGCCUUCAGAUAUCGAACAUCUCGAUUGCUUCACAGUGUUGCUGUGAGACUAAACAAACACACCAAAACUCUUGGAAACUUCGGUGCUUGGAACAGGUGUUUGAAUCACCUUUUGACGCUUGCUGAGUCCCAUAUUGAAUCUGUCAUCCUCGCAAAAUUUAUUGAAUCGGUGAAGAGCUGUCCGGAUGCAAGUUCCCGAGCUGCUUUGAAACUUGUUUGUGAUCUUUAUGCCUUAGAUCGAAUCUGGAAGGAUAUAGGAACCUACCGUAAUGUUGACUAUGUGGCACCCAACAAAGCUAAGGCAAUCCACAAGCUCGCAGAAUACUUGAGUUUCCAAGUGAGGAAUAUUGCAGGGGAACUUAUAGAUGCAUUUGAUCUGCCUGAUCAUGUUACACGGGCGCCUAUUGCCAUGCAGUCUGAUGCUUACUCUCAGUACACCCAGUACGUGGGAUUCUAAUCCCUAUAUGGGGGAAAAAAAGCAGCAUAAAAUUCCAUUCGAAAUGAUUGCUGAUGUCCAAGUGUUUUGAUUCUCCCAGCAUGUUAAAUAGGUUGUCAAUAUCGUUGGUCUGAAACCCAUGUUGGCAUCUCAUUUCUCAUAUAGGUUUGGGGAAGAAUAAUGUACUCAAAAGUUGAAACAAUACGUUAUACGUGAUUGAUUCUAAUUUGUAAUCAUCACCAAUUUUUUU